AUGUCGGAAUCUAACCAGGACAAAUCAAUAGACCCACUUGACUCGGAGCUGAGUUCAGAUUCAAAUUCAGUUGCGCCUUUAGCAGGGUUUGGGGGUAUCGCGGCUGAUGCAAUGCAAAGAAUCCAAACCACCGAGUAUGAAACCGAAGAAAGGAAACGAGCCCAGCUGGUUCAAAGUGGACCCAAUGCACUAAUUGAAAAAGUCCCCACAGAACCAUCGCUGACCAAGAAACCACUUACUUGGAAAGAAAAGUAUCAAGAAUAUUGGCCCGCCGUGCCAGCAUUUUCCAUUGCUUAUCUACAAGUGUUUUGUAUUUACUUGGGAGUGUUGUCCCUUUACUGGGGGUCCAUAUACAGAAGAGAAACACGGUAUCGGAAUGUAAAAUAUCUAGUGGUUAACCAGGAUGCUGAGUUCCAAUACAACGGUGAUACCAUUGAACCGUAUUUAGGGAAUGCCGUGAUCAACAUGUUUACCAAUAAUGCAACCAUAUCCAAUUUGGGUGAUUUCCGUAUAGCCAACCUCACUGACUUUGAGGAACUCGCUGCCCGUCACAAUAAUACCCCAUUUGAAGAGGUCAAGAGACAAAUCCACCAUCAGAAAUAUUGGGGUGGCAUUUACAUUGCCCCGGGAAGUACCGAAAACAUCUACAACAGUUUCUAUACUGCCAACUCGACGUUUGUGACAUCAGGCGCCAUUAAUCUGACCAUUGUUUUGGUUUAUGAGACAGGACGGCACUUCUCUGCACUUUCACAAUACAUAUUCCGAAACUUGAAUGCCAUUAGUGAAUCUUGGGUACGCAAUUACGUAUCUAGUGAAAUCUAUCAACCUAUUCUUGCUCGACUCAGUGACACUCAGCGAGAGAGAUUACUAUCGUCAAAUGAGACCAUUCUGAUAUUCACCACAUUUCCCACAUUUGCAUAUGACGAUCAACGACCUGCUCCAGAUUCAGCGGUUCUUGCACCAAGUGAAGUCCAACUCAUCUAUGCCUUGUUGGUGUCCUUCUACAGUUUCAAUUUCUCCGUGGAAAUAUAUGCAUAUAUGAAGAAAAACAUUGUUUACAAGAGCUAUUUGUUUUACAAGUUCCUUAUAUCGCAAAUGCAUGCGUUGGUUUUGGCAUUGGUUUACUCACUCAUGGCAAUAGCGUUCAGGAUCUCCACCAGUGUGACGUUUGGGAAACUGGGGUUCUUGGUGCUAUGGAUGUUUGUGUACUUGUACAUCAGUGCUGUUGGGGUAGUAAAUGAAGUGGUGAUUCUGAUUUUCCUAGCGUACGACAAGAAAGAACUAAUUGCUCCUUGGAUGGUGUUCAACAUUGUCAGUAAUGUUUCUCCCACAUUUGCGCCGUUUGUAUUGCUGCCGGGGUUCUAUAGAUACGGAUACGCGAUGCCGAUGUACAAUGCGUACGAAGCGUUAAAAGUGGUGUUUUUCAAUACGUGGAAAGGUCACCUUGGAAGAAACAUUGGUGUGUUGAUUAUUUGGAUCGUCGUUGGUAAUAUUAUCUUGGUGUUUGUAACAGCGUGGGCAAGUAGAAGAGCUAAACGGAUUGCCAAGGAACAAAGACGUAAAGAGAAAGAGGCGUUAGAAAUGCAAAAGUCAUAG